AAGUUGUAACCUCUCUCUGAAAUACUUACGUCUAUCUUCACUGUCUCCCUAAAUGCUGAAGUCACUUCACAGAUCUGUGCUGGUAUUGUAUUGAAGUCACUUCACAGAUCUCUGCUGGUAUUGUAUUGAAGUCACUUCACAGAUCUCUGCUGGUAUUGUAUUGAAGUCACUUCACAGAUCUCUGCUGGUAUUGUAUUGAAGUCACUUCACGGAUCUCUGCUGGUAUUGUAUUGAAGUCACUUCACGGAUCUCUGCUGGUAUUGUAUUGAAGUCACUUCACAGAUCUCUGCUGGUAUUGUAUUGAGGUCACUUCACGGAUCUCUGCUGGUAUUGUAUUGAAGUCACUUCACAGAUCUCUGCUGGUAUUGUAUUGAAGUCACUUCACGGAUCUCUGCUGGUAUUGUAUUGAAGUCACUUCAAAGAUCUCUGCUGGUAUUGUAUUGAAGUCACUUCACGGAUCUCUGCUGGUAUCGUAUUGAAGUCACUUCACGGAUCUCUGCUGGUAUUGUAUUGAAGUCACUUCACAGAUCUCUGCUGGUAUUGUAUUGAAGUCACUUCACGGAUCUCUGCUGGUAUUGUAUUGAAGUCACUUCACAGAUCUCUGCUGGUAUUGUAUUGAAGUCACUUCACAGAUCUCUGCUGGUAUUGUAUUGAAGUCACUUCACAGAUCUCUGCUGGUAUUAUAAUAUAACUUUUUGUACCGUGCUCCGUAGACUGUUCGGUACAUGUAAUAUCAUGAGAUGGGUAAGCGUUUACCAGGUUAAACAGUACAUACAACCCACACCUCAUUAAGCUGCAACUCUCAGUUUGAUCUUAAUUACUUCAUAUUUCUAGUAAAAUUGUUAAAGCUGGUAGAUUUCAUUUUCAUUGCAGAAUUUUACCACAGUCUAUUUUUAGAUAUGUUAAAGGUGAUCUUGGUACUGCUUGCCGGGCUUUUUUCUGAUAGAGUUGAGGGCUUCAUUCGUUGCUACUCCUGCAAUGGACAGCCAGCUUCUAUCUGUGUACAGAGAACAGUCACGUGUCCGUCCGACCAUAUGUGUUUCAUGGAGUCGAUAUCUUCAAGUAACAACGAGACUUUGUUUGUGGCAGGAUGUAGAACGAAAAAGUUAUGUUCCUGGAUGGUGUCCCCUGUCGGAAGACGAUCGAUCGUGGACCAGUGCGCCGAAUGUUGUGAUGCUGCGUCGUCGCCUCUCUGUAAUGGCCGCCUCUGUAAUUUUACAAAUAAUAUUACUAGUACUAUUACUAGCAAUAGGUGUCGUGUGUGUUCGGGGCUUCAUGUAGAUGCGUCCACGUGCCAGAUUUCACAGUGUGGAGAUAACGAGAUGUGUUUCACUGGCACUCGGUAUAUAGGUGGAUUACGAAGGAUGGUCUAUGGCUGCGAAAAUGCACACAUGUGUCUAGUUUUGGCAAAGGCGUAUGCUGACUCACAUGGCAGUCCCCGCUAUAAGAAAAGCAUUGUUGGGGACACCGGUUUACAUGUCUGUGACGCAUGCUGUUCGACCAAUGAUUGCAAUGCACGCCCGUGUAAUCUGGUCGCCAAAGAAAUGCCCCUUCUGGUCAACAUGUCACUCCCAGUGAGAUAGACUCUUCUGUUCCGUGGGCUGGAAAAUUUGAAUGUUGAUGUUUUAAGGAAUAAAAUUCCUAGUAUUUUGUCA